GUCCAUUCUGCAGAUUGUGUUUCCAGCCUAGUUCGACGGAAUUGAAUUUGGCGGCGAGCGAGUCGUGCCUGAAAACAAAGUGACAAAUCAUUCCGUUAUACACAAUGUUGAAUUUCGACAGUAAAUAUUAAAAGGCAUUUUAUCCGUUAGGAAUAAAAUCAUAGAUUCGGUCUAGAUAGGCUGAUUUAAAAUAGACCAUCUUUUUUGCAAGAUUUUCGAGUCGGAAGCUAGGGAGAGGAAGUGGCGAAUGUCGGUCUCCUCUCGGGGUAACAUGUCUCCGAAGAGACUAGUUAUGGCUUAAUUAUAAGUCAAAGGCGAUGGAUCAGUCAGUACAGAAUUUACAGUUUAUUAACUUAGAAGAGAUAGAAAGCAAUGAAGCAGAGCUUGUACAGUCAUUGUUGUACACACUCAGAUCGCCUAAGUUAGAAUUGCCUUGGAUUGAGCAGGAGGAAUCUCAAUGGAAUCAGCAACAUCAUUUUGGGAAUCAACAUUCGCUUGCUUCUCCGACCCCAUGGGUUCACGUAAUGUAUUACACAGAUGGGGAAGCUGAGGUUUACGAUGGAGGAGGAGGGAACGAAGUCUAUCAUCAGAUGCAAGUACCACCGGUAGCGGCCACGACUCUUUCUCAAAUGUUUCAUCACACUCAGGUCAUACCGCAAAUGCCGAAUUUGACGGCCUAUGUACAGACGCCAAAUCUUGGAUAUGGGCUGCCACCACCUCCACCGAUGGCCACCUAUCACCCUACUCCUGUUUACCAGGAGGGACGGAGGCCUAGGGCGGCCAAGCCAAGUCCCAAAAGGAACAGGGAAGGCAAUUAUCAACCCGUAACGGCAGCACCUACUGCUUAUACCACUCAUCAGUUCCCCAUACCUAUGUCUUAUCAGUACUUACACCAGCCACCUCCUGCACACAUCCCGACUCCUCAACACGCAACAGGCCAUCCUCUAUAUAUGACACAGGCGAUCCCAUUAUACCACACUGCUUAUAACUACCCAACAACUGUAUUUUCGACAUUGCAACAGCCACAACAGCAACAACAGAUGAAUGUCCCUCAAGAAGACGUCAAGACAACACAGCCAGAUUUUGAAAAGAAACCCAGUCAAAAUCAGAUGUGUGCCAAACAAGAAGUCAAAACUGUGACUCAUGAACAGCACCCGCCUCCCAGCAACUCCCCUUCGAACAAAUCAGAGGACAAACCUAUAAAAUCGUUACCGAUAAAUGCCAUAAAAACGACUUCUCUACCUUCCAUGCCACCGCCAACUAAAAGGCGUAGUAACGAAGAACAAUCUACGCCUCAGGGGAGCCAACCUACCCAAACACCGCAUACAUCACCACAACAGAUUACUCAGUCUCAACCGCCACCAUCGUCAGCGUCACAGCCUAAUAUCAAAUCAUGGGCACAGAUAACUGCAAACAAAGGCUCAAUGGACGGUGAACACCAUCAGCAAAUCCCUCAGCAAAAACUAAACACUUGCAAACCUCCUAUCAACGCUGUCGUCGUCUCGACACCACCUCGUGAUCUUACAAAUUUGCCUGCUCCUGAACCCUCACAGGACAAAGAAGAUGUCGAUCCUCAAUUACGAAACCUAGGAGAAGUGUUAACGAAUUACACACUGGACCACAAAAGCAUAGUACUCACACCAAGAGGCCUUAAAAACCCAUCGAACUACUGCUACAUCAAUGCUAUUCUCCAGGCCCUCUUGGCUUGCCCGGCAUUUUACAACUUAAUAAAAGUCAUUUCCGAGGUGAAACACGCCGUACAGAAAUUCCCGACGAUGGACAGACAGACUACAACCAAAAACAGAACGCCCAUUAUCGAUUGUAUGAUCCAGUUUAUCAAAGAAUUUACACCGGCGCCUGUCUCUAAGCACGGUAAACGUGACAAAGCGAGGAAAGAAAAAGAAGAGAGUUCUUGCGAUAUGCCUCCUGUCGGCUCGCCAUUCGAACCGACUUACAUUUACAAGAUGUUGAGAGCACUCAGAAGUGAGGACUCAUUUCACGAAGAGGGCAGACAAGAAGAUGCUGAGGAAUUCCUCUCCCUGUUGCUCAACAAGCUAAAUGAUGAAAUGUUAGAGCUACAAAAACUGUUUCAAGAUCCAAAAAGUCCACCUGUUGUCAAUGGGGAAGUGACUUCCAAUGGUGAUUCUCACAAUGAAGACGAUUCUGUUUGGAAGGAAGUGACAACUAAAGGCAAUCGGAUUACAAGGAGAGCUGAACUUGAGCGAACUCCUCUAUCUGAUAUAUUCCGAGGCCAACUCAGGUCUAGUGUGCACAGGCCUGAACUCUCUUCCUCGUCUGACAACGUCCAGCCUUUUUUCACACUCCAGUUGGAUAUAGAAUCUUCUGAGUCGGUGAGUGAAGCGUUAGAAAAACUAGUCGGCAGGUACCCAGUCGAAGGGGCGACUCCAUCGCAAGAGGUCAAGAUGUUUCAGCAACAGUCACUCGACCAACUGCCGUGUGUACUUAUUCUCCAUCUCAAAUGUUUCCAUUAUCGACAGCAGACUCCGAGCAAAAUUGUAAAGGCCUUGCAGUUCCCCAUCGACCUCAAGCUUGACCAAAAACUUCUGUCAAGUAAGAAUCAGAGUGCUGUAAAGGCUCGUCAAUAUAAACUAUUUGCAGUUGUCUAUCACGACGGGAAGGAAGCGACGAAGGGACAUUAUUUAACUGAUGUCUUCUAUCUUGGUGGUGGCUGCCCUGGUUGGAUCCGGUAUGACGACGCGUUGGUCACCCAGAUUGCCGAAAGCCAAGUCCUCCAUCCGAGCCCGCCCCGCGUACCAUAUCUCCUCUACUACAGACGAGCUGAUACGAUUGGACCGCAAAGCAAUCUAGUCUCAAAGUCUUAAAACAAAAGGGAUAAAAAAAGAGAAAAAAUGUCUUAAAAGAUUAGGUAU